AUGGCGGUCGCCCCUAACCCACGGUGCCGACUGCUCCACCGUAAGCGCCUGUUUCACCGCCACCGCCGACUCCGGUUGGUCCUCACCCGCGCGUGGAUGGCGCCCGCGCCUCUCUCCUCCAAGUGUGUCGUCCACACCAAGCUCCCCUGCCUCACCGCGCGAUCUCCAGCCCCGCCGCGCUCGCAAGUCUUGAGAUCGAGCAGAUCUGCCAUCCCGCGCCCUCGCCCCAUCACGCGCUCAUCCUCCCCUGCCCCCGCACCGCAUCCAACGCGUAGAUCCAGCGCCGUCGCCGCGAUACCUGCCCAUGCCACCGCGUGCGCACCCCCCGUGCCGUCGGCAAACCCUAGCAUGAUCCCCACCCCGCCCCCGUCCUCCUCACAUCAUCGGCUCCCCCGUCAUCCAUAUCCCAGUGGACAUCUCUGGCGACAAGAGGAUGACGUCGUCCGGGGUGGUGGCCGCCCGGACAACCCGUUGCUCGCCAGGCCGAGUCUCCUGAGACCCUUGAGCUUGCUCAGUGACGGAGGGAUGCUUCCAUGGAAGGAAUUGAAAUACAGAUCAAGAAACUCUAGGCUCUAGCACUACUCCAGCUCUUCUGGCAUCUGACCGGAGAAUUUGUUCUCGGAUAGCGCUAGCUGAGCAAGGCUGGUGAGGCUGGAGACGUCAGGUUGGCUACAGUGUCGGGGAUGAACCCACUCAGCGCGUUACUGCUCAGAUCAAGCUCCACUAGCUGGGCGAGGUCGCCGAUGGAGGAUGGGAUUGGCCCCGUCAACCGGUUCCCCUGCAACGCCAACUUCGUGAGGUUCUUCAUGUUCCCAAUCCCUGUUGGGAUGGUGCCGUUGAGGAGGUUGGAUUCGAGGCCCAACGUUGUGAGCCCGAUGAGGUCGUCGCUGGCCGGUGGAAUAGACCCG